AUGACUAUGGCGCCCAAAUUGACCCACUUACCUGCAAAGCCACCGGUUACGGAGGAGACGCUGAGAGACAUGCUUGGUGAGCUGCACCGCAAUAUUGCAGCUGACAUCGGCAUGUUCCACGAGGAAAUAAGUGGAGUGUCGGCCGGACUACAAAAUACAGAGCUAAACACGGCCGCACAAGAGACCAGACUAGCGACAGUGGAACAGCAACUGCCAGCCCUGCAAAAGGCACACCAGCAACAGCAAGAUCACCUAGUAGCGCUAGAAGACAAACGGCGUUGGAAGAAUGUCAAAGUCUGCGGCCUGCCUGACGCGGUGGAGACCACAGAAAUACCGCACCUAUUCUGCAGGCUGUUUAGCACUCUCUUCAAAGAUAAGCAGGCCAAAUCUAUGCCACUGAAUAGCUGGCAUCGGAUCUCCAGACCAACGACAAGCACCCCAGAGGGUGGAAAAGACGUGAUCAUCCGCUUCCAACAAGGCAGAGAUCGCCUCGCCCUCAUGGCAGCCACACGCAACAAAUCCCCCCUCCACUCUGAGGGCUAUUCCCUGACCUUCUACCCUGAUCUCUCCAAAGCCACCAUGGACUGGAGAUGGUCCCUGCGCCCCCUAACCAAGAGCUCUUAUCUCACAACAUACCAUACCGUUAGGGCACGCCCAAAAGCCUGA